CGUUGUAAUAGGACUGGAGUCAAACAAUAUGGCUUACGUUCUUCAAAAAAUAUAUGAUGGAUAUGAAUAUUUUUUCUACGACAUAAAAGAUGAACGUUCAGAAAAUUUUUUUCUAAUUGAAAAUCCACCGAUGCCAAUUUCAUUAAUUUUGAUUGGAUAUGUGCUACUGAUAAAGUGGGGACCUAUGUAUAUGAAAGAACGGAAGCCAUUCGAUUUGAAAUAUUUUAUGAUGUUUUAUAAUUUUCUCCAAGUUACUUUAAAUUCGUAUGUUUCUUUAAUGGCAAUUUACAGAGUCUUAAUAAUUGGUGAAUAUAAUUAUGAAUGUGAGCCAUGUGACUAUACUAAAACCAUAAAAGGAUUGCUACUGCUGAGAUUAACUUACUAUUAUUUCCUGCUUAAAGUUCUUGAUCUUUUCGAUACGUUAUUUAUUGUGUUAAGAAAAAAAGACUCAAAUUUGUCAUUCCUACACUGUUAUCAUCAUUUUUUCAUGGUUCUUGGAACAUUUAUAGCUGUCAGAUGGGUUCCUGGAGGUCAUUCAACCAUACUGGGAAUCUUAAAUAGCAUGGUACAUGGUUUUAUGUAUGCCUAUUAUUUUGCAACCGCAUUUCGACCUGAAUUAAAGAAAUCAUUAUGGUGGAAAAAAUAUAUAACACAAAUUCAGUUGAUACAAUUUGUUCUUCUCCUGAUACACUACUUACGUGCUACACUUGCACAUGACUGCAAAUAUCCGAAAUUUUGGCUUUGGAUAAUGGUCAUUCAAAACGUAUUUAUGAUAUCGAUGUUUGCAGAUUUCUAUUGGAAUGCGUACAUUAAAAAGAAGCAAAAAUAAGAUUUAUU